AUGUUGACUGACGUUCUCACUUACGCAAUGACCGCGAUUGCGGCAUCCGAUGUGACCGAGGCGGUGAACAAGACAGAUCAGGAGGAACAAAGUCUGAUUAGCAAAAUUGCCAAAGCAGUCAGUUCCGUUCGAUCCGGGAGCACAUCACUGUUGUCCGGCGAUGGUAUACUAACCGCACUGAUCGCAUCGGUCAUUGUACUACUCGCCCUAAUCCUACUACUCCUUAUUGGUCUAUUCUGCUGUACCACAUGCUUCCUUAGCCAGGACGAUAAAAAUGGCCCCCACUGGUUCUCCCGUCCACCGCCACCGGUAGGUGGUGACUGUUAA